AUGGGGGACGAACAAGAGGACGGUAGAAUACAGGAGGAUGCCAAGGAAGACAGUGAGGCGGAGGUAGAGCCGGAGCGAUUGCAGUACAAGGUUAUCCUCCUGGGAGACGGCACCGUGGGCAAGACGUCGAUCGCUACGAGGUUCGCACAGGGUGACUUCUCCCAGAUGUACAAGCAGACAAUCGGCUUGGACUUCUUUGUGAAGAGAAUUCUUUUGCCAGGUGAUGUUCAGGUGACCAUGCAAAUAUGGGACAUCGGAGGGCAGAGCAUCGGGAGCAAAAUGAUGUCCAAGUACAUUUUUGGGGCACAUGCAGUGAUAAUGUGCUACGACAUCACCAAUUACGACAGCUUCCAAGACCUGGAUGAUUGGUACCGGCUGGUUGUCAAAACCUUCGAGAAAGGGGUGAUGCCGUACGUGGCAAUGGUUGGAAACAAAUGCGACCUGAGUCACAUGCGAGCUGUGAGGACGACAAGCGCUCAUCAGUUCGCCGACGACAACAACAUGUACACCUUCUUCAUGUCGGCUAAGUCAGGGGAUCAGGUAGACGCGUGCUUUCACCGAAUAGCGGGCCAUCUGUCAGGAAUCGCUCUAUCCAGACCACAGCUUGACGCAGCUGGAGGAGUGCUAAGCGCGAGCAUCGUCAACUACAGGCGCCACGACGAAGAAGUGCACGGUGGCGAACUACCCGAUUACACCUCUCGACGUCCCAAGACUUGCACACUGUCGUGA